AGGCUAAAUUCAGAAUUUUGGAUAAUGUAAGGCAGAAUUGUAAACACGAACACAGCUAGACAUUAUUUCUUGUCUGUACACAUCAGUAGAGCCCAAUUACUGUAUCAGCGUAAAGGAAAGAGGAAUGGACAGAAUGAAAGUACUGAGUAGCAAGGUCGCAAAGGGAGUCUUUCUGGCAGUUGGCAUACCGUACGGCAUCGUCAUUGUGGCAAAUAUGGUGUGUGGAUGGCCUUGUAGUCAAGAAGGGGAGGGCAAGUACAAAAGAGCACUGCAACCGUCCAGAGUGCUAAAAGUCUCCUAUGCAGUAGCAGAUCAAUUCAAUCUUUUGAGGUUCCUCCCUCUGUAUAUCAAGUGGAACUCCCUGUAUAGAGCUGGAGACAAAGUUAUCAAGGAUAUAAUGUAUGGGGUGAACGACAACACUCUUGACCUAUGGACACCAUAUUCGAGCAGUAAUCUCAGAGAGCCUGAAGACCCACGACCAGUUGUGGUCUUUGUCUACGGAGGAGCUUGGGGGUCAGGAGACAAGAACAUGUAUGGACUCCUGGCUCAGCAAAUCAUGGAUCGUCUAGGGGCUGUUGUGGUGAUUCCAAACUACAGUAUUUAUCCAAAGGGUGAAGUGCAGAAGAUGGUCCGUGACCUCCACGACACGAUCGCCUUCAUCAAGUCACCUGACUUCCAUCGCAGAGCUCCCGAUGCUGAUCAGAGUAAGAUCAUCCUCUUUGGACAUUCUGCAGGUGCUCAUCUUUGUGCCCUAUCAAUGAUAGAGCUGGCUGAGGGGCUUCCAGAGAAACGUGCAUCAGAGCAGUUAAGGGAUGAUACAACAGAUGAAGGGAGGACAGACGAUGAUCUUUCAACAGUGUACGACAGUUCUUGGUUUUCAGCCAGUGAGCUGCUCUCAUCGAUCAGAGGGGUGGUAGGACUGGGCGGGGUAUACCACAUCAUGGAUCAUUACCACCAUGAAUCAUGGAGAGGGGUGGAAGACCUCUCACCCAUGUGGAGAGCCAUGAAUGGUCUACAGAGCUUUGAUCACUUCUCACCGACAGAAAGGGUUUUAAAGAUGUCUGCUGAACAGAUAGGAAGACUACCUCCCAUUUACCUCAUUCAUGGCACAGAUGAUAUAGUAGUCCCUCCGUUGUCAACUGAGAAGUUUUCCUCAGCACUCAUUGAGAAAGAAGCAGUUGUGACGGUGCGUCUGAUAGGAGAAGGUGGCCACGCAGAGCUCGUCAUGGAUAUGAUGGACAGCGGACGACAGUUUUAUGAUGCAAUGACCAACCUUACCUUGGAGUUUGCAGAAAAGAUGCUUAAAUGAUGUUUCAUGGGAUUUACAGAAGUAUUCUCAAUGUGUGUGAACUAAAUUGCCUUUGUGAUAGGAGGUGAAUGAAGCUAAUGCAAUAGUGACAUUCUUAUUCAGUUUGUGGACAAAUUGCUUUGAUGACCUCAUGAGAUCGGUGAUUGCUACCAUGGUGAUUUGGAAGCCUAUAAUGUGGAGAUGCCUGCAACAACAUUUUCUUUAAAAUAGGAACCAAAUUAAAUUUCAUGCUUUAAUUGGGAUAAAAAUACAUUUUAAGCCCUUUUGAUGGUAGUUGAUGAUAUAUGUACGGUAGUCCUCUUUAAUGGUAUUAUGAUUUAUAUUGAUGAAUGUGCAAUGUCCAACAGGAGUGAGAAGAACCAAAGGAUGCUGUUGCAUGGAAACCUUCUUAUUUAGAAAUCCUUACUACAUGUAUAUGUGCAUUGUAAACAACUAAGUAUGUAGGAUUGGAUGAAGCAAUAAGAUGCGUUGGCUUGCAAUAUGUGAUUAUUUAUAGAACAUUGAAUGGCUUUUAAAGCCCCUAUCAGGGAUUUGCAAGCCCUCAAAACUUAACUCAAUAUAUAUCUGUAGCAGCAAGUUGAGUUUAUGAAAGUAUGCAAACAAAAUUUAGAUCUGUUAUUCGAUAGACUGCGGUUUUGGUGAAAAGUUAAGCCCACACAACGAAUAGUGUGAAUAAAACACUGCCAGUUGCAAAAUUCAAAUUUGAAAAGAAAACUGACUGUAGAUUUGCUGAUAAUGAAUACUUACCCACCAUUCUUUUAGGAAAGUUUUCUGUUAUCAUUUUUAUAAAAUUGUUGCUCUUUUACAAGUCAGUUGACAUUUUCACAAUAAUUCCCUGCAGGCAAAAUCCCAUGAGCUGGCAGCAUAUAUCAGAAGUCAGCACAACGUAUGAGAUUGUUUAGUGUAUCCUUUUAUGACUAGAAAAAAAAUGCAAUUCAAUUUUAUUACAUGUAGUUGUACAAACAAUACUGUUGUUUUCCAUUUUUCAUAUUACUCAUUUGCAUUUCAUACAUCAAUUGCAGGGUAAAAGAGAGUAAAUGACGAUGAAUUUCCUUGUCAAAAUUUGUUUUGCAAGACAUGUGCAUGUAAGUCCAUGUCCAAGCCUUUGCAUAUUAAAAUAUACAUUCAUUAAUACGUGUUUGGGCACAAAACCAUGAGAGAGCUUGAAAUGACUUUGUUUGCCCUCCGAUAUCUGAACUAAUUACAUCAGAAUUACUAUGGCCAUCUGCAUACUUUUACAUGAAGCAUGGCAUUGGUCAAUUUUUUAGGGUGUAUAUUUCUUCAAUACCAAUUUCAGAUCCAUGUACACAGAAUUGGGCCUCCUUUGAACGUGAGCAGUUUCCAGUGUUCAUCAAUAGUGAUGUAAUCAUAAUGAUAGUCAUGUGAUGGUUUGGAUGAUAUACAGGUAUGAUGAAAUAUCAUGUCAGGGUGUUUUAAUUCAUAAAAUAAUAGACAAAUUAUUCAAAGCAAACAGGUGAAUUUGCUUUAAAAAAGUAAUUUCUAGCAAGUUUUUGUUGUUGCUACACUCCCCAAAAGAAGUUUUAAGGAGAUUUUUUUUUUAGUGUGUUGAUUUGUCACAUUUUUGGUAUUAGUAUUCAAAGUCAAGGAAAUAGGCUUAGGUUAACGACUUAGAGUCCGCAAUUGAUAAGUCUUAUUUAUACUCUAAAGAUCUGCAACAGAUUUAAUCGCAUGCAAAGAUAAAGUGCAAAACAAUUUGUCACUUAUCAUAUUUAUCAGUUCUAGGAGUUCAUCAUUGCUCCUAGUCUCCUACUCUUUUUAUACACUAAAAUGGCUUUUCAAAGUCCAGACUCCUAAUUAUAAAAAUGAUCAGUAUUUGAUUUGAUUCUCUCUUCAUGAUGCUUGCCUAUAUUACUAUAAAGAGAAUUUAAGAAAAUGUAAUUUUCUUUUAAGAGAAAUAGCCAAAGACAAUUAAGCAUCAAUUUUAGUGAAUAUGUGUAUAUUGAUUUUUAUGAUGACAUUGCCUUCAUGUUAUAAUAGUAUAUAGAUCGUUGAUUGAUAUUUUGAUAAUAAAUGAUAAACAAACAUA